AUGAUGAAGAACAUAGCAACGCUGAACCUGGAUCCCCAGCUGGAGGCUGAGAUAUCACGGGUAUCUCCGAUUAAAGAGGUUGCGCGUCUGUACGAUGUCAUGCAUGGUAUGCAAAUGGCCCUCACAUCGUUCUUCAAGUACGUGCCGGCUGACGUUAUAAAGUUGCUCAUGCGAGCGGGGUAUGAGGCCAAACUGGGCGGGGAGAAGCGGUAUCUGACGAUAUUUUUCUCCGAUAUCGUCGACUUCACACGCAUCAGCGAACAGCUCGACCCAGAAACCCUGAUAGACAUGCUGGGGGUGUACCUGAGUGAGAUGUCCAACCUCAUACUAGAGCAGCAGGGCACUGUGGACAAGUACAUCGGUGACGCCGUCAUGGCCAUGUGGAAUGCACCCGAGACUGUGUUGAACCAUGCGUACAAGGCGUGUCGCUGUGCGUUGCUGUCGCAGCAGCGGCUGAUGGAACUUCGCGAGGGCUGGAAGGACACUCACCUGCCAGCCGUGGGUGCGCGCAUUGGCAUACACACCGGUUAUGCCUCGGUAGGCAACUUCGGUUCUAAAGACAGAUUGACAUACACAGCCCUAGGCGAUACGGUCAACUUCGCUGCCCGGCUUGAGGCGCUCAACAAGGAAUUUGGGACCGAGAUCAUCAUCUCCGAAACAACUUACUCGCAAGUGAAGGAUCAGUUUGUCUGUCGACCGUUAGACAUUGUGUCAGUAACGGGCAGUGGGACUUCGUCUGUGCCCAUGGUUGUCUACGAAUUAAUCGGCGACUACAACAGCGUCACUGCUGAACAGCUGUCUGGAACCGAGGUAUUCACCAACGCCUUCCAGCACUACCGCCAGGGGAGAUAUAGUACGGCGUCGCGUAUGUUUAAGCACUAUCUCGAUCGCUACGAUUCGAAAGAUAUCGCCGCCCAUACGCACAUAUCGACGUGUAGGAAGAGUCUUCUUAGGUUAUCAGUCAGGACUGGUAAAUAACCGCGGUGAUGUUUGUCUACUGCAAAAUAAAGCCUAAUUCAACUGUAUUAUAUGCCUGCCUACCACUGCAGACUACCCGUCUUGUUCUGUCAACGAGAGCAUAAUUCCUGGUCAAAAUCAUUGUGGACAUUGACUUAACUUAAAAAUUCAUUUCCAUACCAUAACAAAA